AUGCCUACUGCAGACUCGACCUCGUCCUCCCGGGCCGUCGCCUAUUUCGGACGGACCCGGCGGGAUCAGCUGUGCCUCAUCGCCCCGGGCGUAAACAGCCAUCGUCUGUCAUGUGUGGCCCUGGACCAGGUCACGAGCGGCAUGAAAAACGUCGAAGCCCGGGUCCGCAUCAAGACUUCUCUCCAGGGUGGUGGCACCGCCGGGAGGCUCGAGGCCGAGGUGGCGACGAUACAAUUCAUCAAUGAGAAUUCCGACCUGCCUGUCCCCAGAGUUUUUGCCCACGCCCUCGACGACGACGACGACGACGACGACGACGACGACAAUAACAACCCGCCGGCAGCCGCGUACAUGCCGAUUGAGGUCCUCCCGGACAUCGUCGCCAUGGAUGCGCUCGACGGCUACGACGUGCACCGCGGCGUGAUACCGGCGGAGUACCGUCCGUCUUUCUACCGCUCCGUAGCAGCGUGCCAUGUCCAGAUAGCCUCGCUACGGAUGCCAAAAACCGGCACCUCGAGCCCGUUGCCGGAAAAUAUCGGCGGCCCGUUCGACACGGCCGCGGCCUUCUUCGAGGCCUGGACCGACACGGUCCGGUUCAAGUGGGACAGGGAGACUAUCGGGCGCAUGACGCAGCAGCGGUCGCCGAUCCCGGCGGAGCGCAUGGUCACCAUCGUCGAGCAGUUCCCGUCGCGGAUCAAGGCCAUGGCGAGCCGGCUUUCCGCAAGUCACACUCACACCAACGACGGGCCGUUCCCGCUCUGCCACGACGACUUCACCGUCACGGGCAUCAUCGACUGGGAGGGCGCGUGCACGGUGCCGUGGGAGCUGGGCGCGUUCCCCGAGUUCCUGCAGGCCAUGCCGGCGUCGUUCGACCUGCCUCACAGAUACGACGCCCUGGCCGAGGACGGCGGGCAGCCGCUCGACGGCCAAGUGCGGCAGAUGUGGCGCGAGCGGUGCGAAUACGUCGACAUAGUCAGGGCGGCCGAAGACAAGGACAGCCUGCUCUCGAAGUGUCUCGCCAGCGCCAGGAGCCAGGCGCUGGCCUAUGCGUACGGCGCCUUCGCCAGCACCGGCAAGCUGGGCUUCUACGACAGGCUCAUGGACGAAGUCGAGAGGAGGGAUGUCCAGUAG